AUGUCAUCGACCACUUCAUCUCCCAAGCCCGUCGUGGCCAAGAAGAAGACGUCCCUGGGAGUGCACUUGUUAGCCGGAGGUGGAGCCGGUCUCUCCGAGGCUUUGGCGUGUCGUGAGUCCUUGGCCUGCGCUCACGUGCCCGCCUGCCGCCUGCUAGGAUUUGCAACACUGACAGGGCGACAUCACCGUGCUAUCUCGCAUCCGACAACGCUCAGACUGGCUCGAUACUAUCAAGUAUGUUUGUGUGUUUCUCUAGGCGCGGUCCCGGACAGCGCAUGCGCGCCGGCGGUCCGGCACCCGAAGAACGAAGCUGACCGACCAUUGAAAUACGACACAUUAGGGUGCGGAUGCAACUAUCGCGGAGUUCAAGGGGAAAAGGUGUAGGUUUUUUUGCUUCCUCUUUCUGCUGUGCUGUUCCUAUACUCGGGCUCUCCGAGUUCCAAGAUCCGAUGUUGGUGACAGCGGAACACUGGUCGUGCCAUGUUUGUGCCGGCCUAGUGUGACUGAAUGCUGAUCUACUUGGCGAGGCGCUCAUGAUGCAGGUCAAGGCCAGGGGUUUCAUCGCAACAGGAAUGCACAUCGUCAAAAAAGAAUCUCCGCUUGGGCUCUACAAAGGACUCGGCGCUGUGGUGACUGGGAUCGUACCAAAAAUGGCCAUCCGUUUCGCCUCCUUCGAGAUGUACAAGGAUUUCUUGAAGAACAAAGAAACUGGGAAAGUCAGUAGCCCCGCCAUCUUCAUGGGUGAGUGAACCGCCCCGGUAAUCGGACUGGCACGCCAUCAUACAUCAGAAAGCGGGCUGACAAAACGGACUCGGUCUCUGACGUCGCGCGCAGCCGGUCUUGGCGCGGGUGUAACAGAGGCCGUCAUGGUCGUCUGCCCGAUGGAAGUAGUGAAGAUUCGCCUGCAGGCGCAAGUGCACUCGAUGACAGACCCCCUCGAUGUCCCUAAAUACCGCAACGCAGCUCAUGCGCUCUUCGUCAUCCUGCGAGAAGAAGGCCCGAAGACCCUAUACCGGGGCGUGGCGCUCACCGCUCUUCGCCAAUCCACGAACCAGGUUCGUGUGGCGGGCAAACUUAUGCUCACUUGAAAUGGUUCAUGUUACUCAUGCGGUCCAUCGUUUCUAUGCAGGCGGCCAACUUCACUGCUUAUACAGAGCUCAAAAAGGCACUGCAAGCGUACCAGCCUCAGUAUCCGGACGGUGGUCUGCCGGCGUGGCAGACCUCGAUUAUUGGACUCAUUUCGGGAGCCAUGGGUCCCUUCACCAAUGCUCCGAUUGAUACGAUCAAGUGAGUAAAGACAAAGAGAGAUGGAUGGGUCGCUCGUUGCUCCAUUCAAUCUGACAGCUGUGCUUUAGGACCCGUAUCCAACGCGCAACCGCACUGGCCGGUGAGAAUGGUUGGACCCGUUUUACCAAAGUGGCUGGCCAAAUGUUCAAAGAAGAAGGUAGGUUCCAUGACGAGGCUCGACCACUUGGCUGAAGCUUGGCAAUGAACACAUUUCCUUUUGCCCGUCCCAGGUCCAUCUGCCUUCUAUAAGGUGAGUCACAGGGCGAGCACACCUGAAUGUGCCUCGGCGCUGACAUCUUGUGCUUUGGCUUUGUGAAGGGAAUCACCCCGCGUGUGGCACGUGUGGCUCCGGGCCAAGCCGUCGUUUUCACUGUCUAUGAAAAGGUGGGUCACAGAACGAGUUCUUCCCCUGCAUCAGAGCUAACUCUUUGAUUCCCCCAUUGCGCAAUUGUUGCAGAUCAAGAGAAUGGCAAGUUGUUUGCUCAACCACGAUGA